GUAUUUGACAGUGCACGUUCAAACAUGCGAUUUCAAGAAGAUUCCCGAAUUUGUGCUUUUGUAUCUCAAAGAACAGUCUUCUUAAAUAGCGUUCAACCGGCUACAUUGGUCGUAAUAGAUGAAAAAAUACAAGAAAUAUUGUACGACACUAGCGAAGAUGUUGUACGAUAUUUAUCACAGAAAUAUCCCGGCAUUGUGUUUAAUGAUUGCGGCUCAUUAGUGCUAAUGUCUGGAAUAGUAGAUUCUCACGUGCACGUAAAUGAGCCUGGAAGAACUGAAUGGGAAGGAUUUCAAACCGCUACACGAGCGGCCGCCGCUGGCGGUGUUACUACAAUUGCGGAUAUGCCUUUAAAUUCUAUUCCACCUACUACAACUUUGGAUAAUCUCAAAGUUAAAGCAAGAGAAGCGUAUUCGAAAACAUUUGUCGAUGUUGCAUUUUGGGGUGGUGUGAUACCAGGAAAUCAGCACGAGUUGCGAUCGUUAAUAGAUGCAGGUAUAGUCGGUUUUAAGUGUUUCUUGUGCCCGAGCGGAGUCGAUGAAUUUCCACAUGUCUCUGUAGACGAUGUGAACAAAACUAUUUUGGAAUUAAUGUCUACAAAAACUGUACUAGCGUUUCACGCAGAAAUCGAGCGAGAUGAAAAAAUUAAUUUAUUAAAAGAGAAUCCAGGAUUGUAUGAUACUUUCUUGCGUACUCGACCUGAUCUCAUGGAAUUUGAUGCCGUAAAAUUAAUUUGUGAUUGGUGCAUAAAAUAUAACUUUCGAUGCCACAUAGUGCAUUUGUCAAGUGCGGAAUGUUUGGCAUUGAUAAAGGAUGCCAAAACUCGUGGUGCACCUUUAACCGUGGAAACAUGCUAUCACUAUUUGGUAUUAGCUGCGGAAGAGAUUCCAGCAGGCUCUACUGAAUUUAAGUGUUGCCCGCCAAUCAGGAAAAAUACUAAUCGAGAACAAUUGUGGCAUGGUGUUAAAAAUGAAACGAUAGAUAUGAUUGUUUCGGAUCACUCUCCCUGUGUACCAGAAUUGAAAACUUCCGGAAAUUUUUUGACUGCUUGGGGUGGAAUCUCUUCAUUGCAAUUCGGAUUACCGUUGAUAUGGACAUCCGCGAGAACGAGAGGCACAUCACUUUCCGAUGUCUCGAAGUUAUUAAGCACUCAGCCCGCAAAGCUAUGCGGUCUCGAAGAUCGCAAAGGUGAUUUAUCGAUUGGAAAGGACGCGGAUUUCGUUAUUUGGGAUCCAGAGAAAUCUAUUAAGAUCGAGUCAGAUGAUAUUUAUUACAAGAACAAAAUGAAAUUUCACACUGUAAUCCUGGCCACAUUACUUCUGGCGAGCGUGAUUGUCGCGUAUCCGCAGAAAGAUGGGCAAAUCUUCAGUAAUGAGGCGAUACGGCAAGCUCAGAAUACUUAUCUUAUCCCGAAGGAUGCGACUAUACAAAAGGUUCAAGAGGGCAUCGAAUUGGCCGCUUACGAAUCAAUUCCCGGAGACCAAAGGAUCAAUCUCUUCGAGAUCUUGGGUGAACACGUACCACCUGAGGUGGUAAACAAUCUUCAAACCCAAAUCGAUCAAAUAGGUCGAAAUUAAAUUCUUUCCUGUCGCAUAAUCGUCGUUAUCGUCAUCGUUGUCAAAAAUAAUCAUAU